GAGAUAUCCUCUGAAAGGAAGAAUAUAAAAACGUUAAUUAUACGGGAGACGUUCCAUUAAUUCGCUCCGAAAGAAUAAAAGUUUACUUACCUCUGUAGUUAUUAUACGAGUGUUAUAUACAGUUCAUUUCUAUCAAAAAGAAUUAGAACAAAAGUGUUGGGCAACUGAUCAUGUGUCAGCAUGUAUAGCUUCGAGGGAGAUUACAGGCGCAAGCCGCAACAGAAUCUAGCAGGUGCCAGCAGGAGAGAUGAGAGGACUGUUCUCCUGCAGCACGCGCAGUUGGAAAGAUUAAAGAGAGAGCAGCAGCGCAAGAAACAUGACGCAGCAUUGAAGAUACAGGCGCUCGCGCGCAGCUUUGUCACCAGGAGACUGGUGUGCGCGCAGAAGAGAAAGGAAUUUGAUGAGGCGCAACAAGCGGCGGGACGUAGAAACUUGAGUCUGGACGAGCUAGUGCCCUAUCUAAGAAACCUGCUGUUUUUUUACAAUCACGUUUUGGAUGCCAAUAGACUGAUAUGGGUCCUUCAGCACUUUCUUAAGCAUCAGAGGGACGUUAAAUUGAAGUCGAUAAAUUCAUCGCAAUGGUUGUGGAGAUUGCGGUGGGUCCUUCGCAUAUGUAUGCGAUACAAUACAGAAACGCUACCAGACGGAGCGUACUCCUUGGCAAUACCGUUGCGUGUUUUGGAAGUAUUUACCACGCGAGAAGAAACGGAGAAAGUGUUGCGCGAAAACAGUUACUGGUAUCUGGAGAGUAUAUUUGUUUACCUGAUUCAACACAGCUACUUUGAGCAGUUAAGGAAGCUACUGGACGCGAAAGUGCCGCUAAUGGUGGAGGCAACGUCAGUCGCGCCCACACCAAUCUCCAAGUGUCUACUUGACAUGAUCAAACGACCAGUGGACUUAAUCCCUUACGUGAAUCGCAAGGAGGACUUUUCAACGCUUGUGCUCCGGGAACUGUACAAGAGUGUGUUUUCUCCCAGACUGUCUGAUCCGAUUCGCAUGUUCGUUGUGCCAGCGUUGGCAGAGUUCAAAGACUUUCCAUAUGUCCAGCUGAUCGUCUGCAUCAAUCGACUCCAACUGGAACCUACGAUAAACCUACUCUACUGCAUUCUGUCCUUAGAUUCAUUGAAUCAAUUUUCAUGGUGCAAAUCCGAGGAUGCAUUGACGAACUAUCUGCAAGUGCUCGCGUCUCUGAGCUCGACUAUUGUAAUGGUAGAGCAGAGUGUCUCGGAGCAGCAACAAGCCGACAAUGACUCGGAUAAUGAAUCCGACGGAAACAUGACCGAUCAGGAGCAGGCUGAUAUUUUGCGGAAAUGCAUCGAAAUGUUGAACGAGCAGCAGCGUGUGAACUGUAUAUUGUCGACGAUCGAACAGAGCCGGUCGGAUCCUGCCAUACUGUUGCAACCGCUUUGCCGAUUAUGCCACCACCUGCUCAUCAUCAACAAGCUUGCUGUUCACAAGUACAAGCUUCUCUACAUGCUCGCCUUCAAGCCAAUGUUCCUCAAACAUUUGUGGACGAGCUUGGCGUCAAUCCGUCAAACGUCAUUGUUUGGCGGUAGUGGUGCCGCCGCUACGCCCUUGUUGCAGAUCAUAUCGCGCGGGAUCGCUCUCUCCGCGGAGGACACCGACAGGAUAGUCCCUUUACUGGCGGUUUUCUGCUCGCUGUUCAGCCUGCUGAUCGCGACGUUGCACGACACCGAGUUUUUCCUCGAGCAGAACAACUCCGCGGAACAAACGUUCAACAAUCGGCAACAGCACGCUAUGCCGUUCACCAUCGCGGAGUUGGCGGUGAUAUCUGGCCAUCUCAAGGGUAUCUGCCUAGGUCUGGUAGAGCUCGCGUUUCCCGAUACUCGGCCCACAGUGCGAGACGACUAUAAAAACGCCGUAUUGGGCCCCACAUCUGCCGUUCAGUGCCGACACGAUACGCAGAUUUGGACCCACCUGUUCAAGGUUACGGUGGGUCUUCUACGUCAAUUGCACACGCGGGAUCUCAGGCGGCAGUUCUGUCCGGCAAGCCACUGGAUCGCAUCCAAUGUUGUCAUUCCUAUUGAUAAGCCUCAAGACUUUGCGUUCCGUAGACGUCGACUUCGCGGAUACGUGCCCUUCCAGAGCCUGAGGGCAUUUACGAGAGAGGAAUUCGAGGAAGGGCCACCUCUAUCGGCAACGGAAGUGCGAACGCUGACCUUGCUACGCGAGAUACCGUUCGUAGUGCCGUUCAACAAUCGAGUGGUCGUGUUUCAGUCAUUAAUCUACAAGGACAAAGCGGAACAGCAGGGUGAGCUCACACAUUUCAUGCAAGGUCCAUCAAUACAAAUCUCCGUGAGGCGAAAUUAUCUUUAUGAGGACGCCUUCGAGAAACUGUCGCGUGAGAACGAACCGGAAUUGCGGCUAAAGAUGCGAGUGCAGUUGGUCAAUACCGCGGGACUGGAGGAAGCCGGCGUCGACGGUGGCGGCCUGUUUAGGGAAUUCUUGUCCGAGCUGUUAAAGACUAGCUUCGAUCCUAAUCGCGGUUUUUUCAAGCUCACCAAGGAUAACAUGCUGUAUCCGAAUCCCACUGUGCAUUUGUUGGUUGAUGACUUUCCGAAACAUUACUAUUUCAUCGGCAGAAUUUUGGGGAAAGCGUUGUACGAGAAUCUACUAGUCGAGUUGCCAUUCGCUGAGUUCUUUCUAUCCAAGAUCGUCGGCCGCCGGUCCGACGUAGAUGUGCAUCAUCUCGCCUCCCUCGAUCCCAUCAUGUAUCGCAAUUUGCUCUACCUAAAGAGCUACACGGGUGAUGUGGCGGAUCUCAACCUGGAUUUUACCGUGCUCAGCGACGAACUGGGCGAGAGACGAGUCGACGAGUUGAAGCCGAGCGGCACAAAUAUCCCCGUGACGAAUCACAAUCGCAUCGAAUACAUCCAUCUGAUGGCCGAUUACAAACUGAAUAAGCAGAUUCGCGCGCAAUGUUACGCGUUCAAGCAGGGAAUCGGCAGCGUAGUCCCUCUCGAUUGGUUGCAGAUGUUCAACAACAAGGAGUUGCAAGUAUUGAUAUCAGGCGCGCAGAUUCCUGUAGACGUCAAUGACCUGAAGCUGCAUACGAACUACACCGGCGGAUACGCGGCCGAUCAUCCGACCAUUACUGCCUUCUGGAAAGUCGUCAGCGAGUUUAACGAUCAGCAGAAGGGCCAACUACUGAAAUUCGUCACUAGCUGCAGCCGCCCUCCUCUUCUAGGAUUUAAGGAACUUGAUCCGCCGUUCUGCAUCCAGCAUGCCGGCAGUAUGGACCGUUUACCGACCUCGAGUACCUGUAUGAAUCUGUUAAAACUUCCGGAAUUUCCAGACGAAAAAAUCCUGCGCGAGAAACUUCUAUACGCGAUACAAGCGGGCGCAGGUUUCGAACUCAGUUAGAGACCUCCAAUUUUGGCUUCCAGCGACUCUGUUUGACCCAAUAAUACAAUGUUGCCCAGUGUAAAUACAUGUGUAAUUAAACGAAUAUAUCGCGUAUAAAAAAAGAGGAAUUGCCGUAGAGAUAUCGUUUUGCAUAUCUCUGUGGAACAGGGUCAAGAAGACGCAGAUUUUCAAAGAUUUUUUGGAGAGAAACGCGCUGAAGAUAUUAAUAUUAACAGGAGGGGCCAACUACUAAACUAUAGUAUCUACCUACUGGAGAUCAUUACCGACUUUGAUGCAACUACAACGUUUGUAAAAAAAAAAAAAAAAAAGAGAAAAGAAGCGUAACGUAUGUUGGAGCGCAUACGGAUAUUUUGUUCGGUUUCGACUUUUCCUACCACCUUUGGCCUAUAAUUGUAAAUUAUGUAUAUUCUUAUUGUUUUAUAUAUUCAUCAUUGUGUGAUGUGUCCAAAACAACGACUGUGCUACUUUAUUUCAAAUGUACGCGAGAGAAUAGAUGUACGUAUUUAUGAGAUAUAUAUUGUUAAGUCUGUGUAAAUAAAAUAUCAAAGCG